CUCUGUGGGCGCUGCUGGGGGUGGGUAGGCUCCACGGGUGCUGCUGAUGGUGGAUGAACUGAGCCUCCCUGUGCUGGGGGUGGGUGAACUGAGUCUCUGUCGGUUGCUCCUGGGAGUGGGUGAACUAAGCAUCCAUAGGGUGCUGCUGGGGUGAGUGAACCGAGUCACUAUGGGCACUGCUGAGGGUGGGUGAACCAAGUUUCCAAGGGUGCUGCUGGGGUUGGGGGAACCGAGCAUCUGAGGGUGCUGUUCGCCGCCCACGGGUCUGUUGUCGGCCCACCCUGCUGUGCCCAGUGCUGCUGUGGCCUCGGGAAAGUGGAGAUCAAAACCAACACGUGUCUUGCCCACAGAGGGGCCAUGCUCUCGUGGGGAGCUGGGCAAAAAACAGAGGUGACUGGUUGAAAAGUGCUCUUGGAUCUUAGAAAAAGAUGAGUGCUGUGACACCUGUUGUCACCGGUGAGAGACACCUGGACAUGCCAGCAGCAGCCGUGGGCGGUGGGUGCCCAGAAUGCCCUGACCAGUGAAGUCCAGAGGGCAGAACACGCUGAGGCGGGGACAGCUUGUGCAGACCCCAGAGGAAGGAACCGCCUGCAGGUUCAAGGAACCCAGAGACCACAGCACCUCUGGGGCUACUACCAAGGGUGGGAUGAGAGGGUGAGCGCAAUAGUGGAUGGUGGGUACAGGCCCUUGUGACAGGGAGGGGCAGCCCAGCUAGACGGCAGGAGAGGCCAGACCAAGGGAGGACCUCGGUUAACGAUGACUGUGGAACACAAAGGCUCCGUGAAGGGGCUGUGGAAUCCUCCCUCACUCCCGCCGAGGGCGUCGUCCUGAGUUGCUGACACCUCCAACAGCCGCAGCAAAGUGGGGCUCACCCCAAAGAGGACUUUCUAGGUCUGGCUGAACUCCCUAAUCCUCAGCAAUAAACCCAGAAGAGCAUCCUGAUCUCUGAGAGUGAAAACGUUUCUCAGAUGAUCAUGCUGCGGGUAAAAGCCUGCUGUGAUGGCUGAGGAGCUGGAUGGGGCAGCCAAGCACGUCCUCCAAGGUCACCUCUGUGUGCCGUUCACUCUGUGGGAUGCUGGCCAGGUCUUGAUGACACCCUGACCUCACAAGUGGUUAUAGACUUAGAGCUAAAGUGCAUUCCCAGCCACCGUGACUCACAAGGAGGACAUGCAACCUACGAGGGUCCCACCGACAUAGCCGCACCAGCCGGAACAGGGUCUCAGCCUGGACACGGGGCUACCAGUGGGGGUGGUGGUCCUGUCACCCAGUUGCCCACCUGAGGUCAGGGAAGUGGGAAUUUAGAAGUCAGCGUGGAGCUCCAUUUACUCCCCUCUUCCAAACUCGCUUCCUAUCAAGGCAGGAGGAUGAGCUAGUUUAAUUCCAGCUGUUUUUCAUCUUUCUAUUUGGACAGUGGGACUCAGGAGCCAUCAGCCAGGGAUGUGGGAAGUGGCAGGUUGACGUCACAUGUGGCUGAACCUGUGGUCUCUGUAUUCAGAUGAUCGCAAUGUCCCCACCACAAGCGGUCAGUGUGGCUGGUUCAGUCAUCUGAAUGAUUCACCUGCAGAGUCAUUCAGAUGACUGAAAUGCCCAGUGAGUGGGGACAAAAACCUGUGACAGGCUCUGUUGACAACAGCCUGAGAUCACCCUCCUCGGGUUAAGGAGCACAGCCCUCCUUAGGCAGCCGAAUCACAGCAAAGGGGACGUACCCGGAGACGCCUGAUGGAAGACAGGAAGCGCGGCAAGACCUGCAGUGACAUCAUGUCUGUUGACGCCCAAGCCCUGAAGAAGAAGAUGGGCAAGAUGGCCUGCGACCCGGCCGCCCGCGCCAUCCUCAGCAGCCUGCUGCUCUACGUCGCGGGCCGCGCGGACCGGCCCCCGGGGACAGAGGCCGGGGAGAGCAGGGCCGGCCGCCAGCCCCAGCCCCAGCCCCAGCCCCAGGAGGCCGCCCAGCGGCCCACGCGCUUCCAGCUCCUGCAGGCCAAGUUCCUGGGCCCUGGCCGGGAGCGCUGCCUCAAGAGGACCCGGGAGGUGGGCCGGCUGAUCUCCAGGGACAAGCAGGGGCCGGGCAGGGGCCUCGUGGGCGCCACCAUCAACAAGCUCCUGGAGAAGACCAGGGAGCCUACGCCAAAGCCCUGCCCCAGCGAGAAGCCCCGCUGGGGCCACCCGGCCGGGAAGAGCCCUGUGAAAAACAUCCUCAAGAAGUUCCUGGCCGCCGAAGAGAAGGAGGCGAAGGAGAAAGAAGCGCGAGAGAAGCCCCCAGCGGAGCGGCCCAGAGCGCAGGGCCUCCUGCCGAAGAUCAUGGGCAAGAGCUCGGUGCUGGCCAAGCUCCGCGAGAAGUUCGAGCAGAGCAGCUGCCUGUGCUCCGAGGCCGGCGCACUGCGGCUGCGCACAGAGGAGCGGAAGAGGCGGAACCUGCAGCGGAAGAGGAUGCACCGGCCGGAAGUGCGCGUGCUGCACACGGCCGCCAUGGCCAGCACCUGCGUCAGGACGCCCCCCGCCCGCUUCCUGGCCUGCACAGCCGAUCCCCUGCCGGCCCUCAGCGUCGCCACCGUCGUCUGCGGCCCCAGGAGCUGGCUGUCCCAUUGCACCAAAAUCAGCCACUCGGUGGCAAGGCGGCAGCCCAGAGCAGAAACCAGCAUGCCCCCCAGUGCCGGGGAAACGGGGCGCAGUGGGAACAAAGCAGAGGGAAAGGGGCCCCUGGAGGAGGAGCCCCAAAGACUGCCUAGCUCCUUGAAGCCCGGGACGCCACAAGUGAUGGCUCGGAGGGAUGGCCAUGCUGGCCCCUCACUGGCCCCCUCUUGGGCUCCCUACACAGGCGAAGCCCAUCCUGGCUUGGUGCCUGCAUCAUCCUCACUGGGACCCGCCAGCCCGUGGGGCCCCACGGCAAAGAGCGCUGCAGACGACGUGCAGGAAGUGAGGGGAGCCACAGUCAUGUGGUGUCCUGGUCCCAUGGGCGAGGGUGCAGGGGAGGGCCCUGAAAUCACCAUGACUGUAUGCAGCUCAGAAGAUGAAACGGAAGGAACAGGCUUCCCAGACCCAGGGAGAGACCCCCUUUUUGCCAUCCAGAAGUGUUUCCCAGAACAGAAGGUGCCAGAACACAUCCCACCCCUGAACACGCCAUCGGUCAGGGCUGCUGGGACAACACAGCCCAGCACGGAGCCUCCACGGAUAACAGUCCAAAUCCCAGUCGUCCACGAAAUGCCAGCCUCUCCCACCACGCUGCAAAAUGCAUCAAGUGGUGAAAACCAACGUUCUCGUAUUUUUGGAGGAGAGAAUGUGGCUGAAAAGGCACAGACAGAGUUUUCCACCGUGGCUGAGAACAGAAGGGAUAACCGAGCCCCAGUGGAACCCAGCAAGCCUUCAGGGACACAGGUGAGACUUGGCGCCUCCUCACCACAGGGAUCGCGAGCAACUCUGCAUCCGGCGGCAGCGAGAGGGGCUUCAGGCGCCAACCACCGUGUCCCAGAGACGGCUCCAACACAGAGAACUGAGACGGAUCCUGCUGGCGGGAAGGGAAUUCUCAAAGGCAGCUUUGACAGUUCACGCAGUCCCAGGAGUCCUGAGGAUAUUUCAGGAGAGAGGACCUCUGACCUCAGAGAUGAGAUGCAUCUGUUACAAGAAUCAAAUGAAAUAUCUAUGCAGAACAAGGGCUCAGCAGCAAAUUCUCCUGCAGCCGAGAAAAACCCUCUGAGGGGAAACACGGGCUAUGCCUCCGGCGGCCAGCAAGUGCCAUCCCCGACGGGAAGAAAUCCAACAGGUGCCCCCACGUUGCUGGCAACACCAUCCAAGGAGCAUAUAGGGCCUGGGGGUGUCACCUCAACGGGCACGAACAUGCCCAGCUUGAGGGAGGAGCAUAGAAGGCCGCGGCUAACAGAGUCCGCCCAGACCCUGAAGGCAGCCAAGGAAAUCAGCCAUGAUUUUGGAGAGAACCCACUGUCCUCAUUAAAUGAACCACCCAAACCUGGUAUCAAGGCCUGUGGGGAGAUGGCAGCUGCAGGGAGUGCUGUGAGCCUUGCCACACCAACACCCGCACCAGGUGGCACCCAGAGCCCUGGAGACUGCAUAGUGGGAGAGCCGGAGAUGCUGGGCCAGGAGGAAUACAGAGCCUUGUCUGAAAGCCAUUCCAGAGGAGAGGCUCUCCCUCCAGACCCCCACAGCUGUGGCUUCCUGGCCCCCUGGGGGUCCUCAGAGCCCAAGAGUAGAGUGGCAGGCAGGAGCCUCCUGAGAGGCACGGCCCUCACCCGGCACCCAGCGGAAGCUGCAGCCCUCAACCGGCACCCAGAGGACACUGCAGCCCUCGCCCGGCACCCAGAGGGCUCUGCAGCCCUCGCCCGGCACCCAGAGGACACUGCAGCCCUCGCCCGGCACCCAGAGGACACUGCAGCCCUCGCCCGGCACCCAGAGGACACUGCAGCCCUCGCCCGGCACCCAGAGGACACUGCAGCCCUCGCCCGGCACCCAGAGGACGCUGCAGCCCUCAACCGGCACCCAGAGGACGCUGCAGCCCUCAACCGGCACCCAGAGGACUCUGCAGCCCUCACCCGGCACCCAGAGGCGCCCCGAUUACACAUUUCAAAUGCAUCAGCAGCCAUGGGAGACAAAAAGGAUGUACCUGUGGAAGAAAACCUUCUGGGUAAAGGCACAAAGUCUGGAACUCCUGCUUCCAAUCAUCCCAGAACACAGGCCAGGAGUGUGGCAGGGUCCUCCAGCCAUGGCCCUGGUGGCCUGCCAUUGCCUUCUGAGAACCCACAGGGAAAGGACAGGGAGGGCAUCAACUCUCCUCGUUGGGCAGAGCCUGACCAUCUGCUUCCUGUGGUGCCUUCUGCAGAGGUGGACAUGGGGUGGAUGGGUGGUGCCCACCAGCGGGACCCUCCCCAUGUACAGGCACACCUGCCCCUGACUGCUGGUGACACACAGGCAAAGCUCUGGGCCAGUGUUUCCGAGCCCAGGACCCAGGCAGGUGAAGCCCAGAAGUGUCCCCUGACCCAGAGUGGUGAAUCUCAGAAGCGUCCCCCGACCCAGGCAGACAUGAUGAGGCAACAGAGUCACCAGGUGCAGGAGGAGGCCCCCGAGCCCAGUGAUGCAGGGAAGAGGGUGGCGCCCCUGGGCCUGAAGGUUGUGCUGACUACAGCAAAAGAGCCUCGGACACAGUGGGCGCAGGAUCUGGGUGGGGACAAAGGGACGGCCAUUGGGGUUAGGGGUGCCUGCCAGCGCAGUGAUCUAGGUCAGCAGCGUCCACAGGGACCCUGGGAGGAGCAGGGGAGGAGAGCAGUGCAGGGAGAGGGCACCAGGGCUGCCGAGAACCCAGCAGCACCUCCAGGGGACCCCAAGGGGCUGGGAAGCCUGGUGGCCCAGGGGCAGGCUCAGGAAAAGGCCCAGGGACAGCCCCAGUGGCAGAUCCAGAGAGAGGUCCCGGGACAGGCCCAGAGGCAGAUCCAGAGAGAGGCCCCAGGACAGCCCCAGAGGCAGAUCCAGAGAGAGGCCCCGGGACAGGCCCAGAGGCAGAUCCAGAGAGAGGCCCCGGGACAGCCCCAGAGGCAGAUCCAGAGAGAGGCCCCGGGACAGCCCCAGAGGCAGAUCCAGAGAGAGGCCCCGGGACAGGCCCAGAGGCAGAUCCAGAGAGAGGCCCCGGGACAGCCCCAGAGGCAGAUCCAGAGAGAGGCCCCGGGACAGGCCCAGAAGCAGAUCCAGAGAGAGGCCCCGGGACAGCCCCAGAGGCAGAUCCAGAGAGAGGCCCCGGGACAGCCCCAGAGGCAGAUCCAGAGAGAGGCCCCGGGACAGCCCCAGAGGCAGAUCCAGAGAGAGGCCCCGGGACAGGCCCAGAGGCAGAUCCACAGAGAGGCCCCAGGACAGGCCCAGAGGCAGAUCCACAGAGAGGCCCCAGGACAGCCCCAGAGGCAGAUUCAGAAAGAGGCCCCAGGACAGGCCGAGAGGCAGAUCCAGAGAGAGGUCCAGGGACAGGCCUUGGCCUGUGGGACAGUGCCUCGGGCCUUGGAGCAGCCCAUUAGUGGUACAGCUGAGCUAGUGGCCACUGCUGGCAGGAGUGGAGGGUCUGGAAGCCCAGUCCCCAGGGACAAUGGACAGUGGAGGGGCAGUGGACUAGGGGAGCCUAGUGCCCAGCACCCAUCCUCAGGAAGCUGCCCCCUCGGGGGCAAGAGCAUUGCCACUUCUCCCCUGGGCUUGAGAAAGAGCCCGGCUGAGCCCAUGCCUGAUGCUGGGAGCUGGGGGACUCCCCAGGCCCCAACCCAGGAGGGGCCCCCAGACCACCCCAGGGCCAAGGGGGACCUGCAGGACGCGAUGGAGGCAUCAGAGCCUGAACGUCUCAAGAGAUCCACGCGCCUGGCCAAGUACAAAGCCCAGAGCUUCAGUGACCAGAGGGCCUUCGAUUUGUCCUUCAGACCCAUGAGCCUCAGGGCCAGUGACACCUUUGAGCUCCCCAAGUGAGGCCCGAGUCCAAGCCGAGGCUCGCCCAGUACUGCGGCAUCCGCUCAUCGGGGCCUUCAGGCGUCUCCAAAUUUGUUCUGGAGCGUCCCCUACAGAGACGCCUGUUUCCAUCAUUUUCUUACCCUUCUUCGCAAGCUGACCUUGGGAGGACUGAGUUGUGUCACCCCACCGAUUCCCAAGGCCGCUGGGGUGAGAGAGGGGACCCUGCCCUCCUAGCAGGCGCCCAGCGGCACCACAGCAAGAUCUCUGUGGCCAAGUGCACGCCACACUCAGCUCUGCCCCCACCUGUACCCCCAGUGCAUCCUGUGUGCAGCUGGCUGCCCGGUUCCCACACGUGGGAGGUGCACCCAGCACUUAGGAGUCUCUACACACAGCAAGGAGCACUGAAAACCCACACACCAAGCAGAAGGCCCUCCAAGUGGGCCAGGAGCACGGCCCUCCACUUUAUAGAGGAGGCCUGGGUGCUCUCUGAGGAGAGCUGUGGCAACCAGCCCUCCUUCCAGACACGAGGGUCCCCUCUCUCACUGAGGAAGCAGGCCUCGGGGGUCCGGGGGUCCCGGGGGUCCCUGCCCCUGCUGUCCCGGGAGCUGCAGCCGGGGCUGGGGUUGGCCUUUCGGAGACACCCAACUGCAGAGGCUGACAGAGCGGCCUCUUUGUCCUGUUGGUAGCCCCCAUGCAGGACGGGGUGGGGGGUCAUUCUCCCUGGGGCUGGGGGAGCUCAGGGACCCCCACGUCUGUGUGGCUGCCCUCCCACUCCAGGCACAGCGGCACGGCCCUCACUCUUUACCUAUUUGGGGUUUGAGGCAACAAGCGGCAAGAAUGUGAUGACAGACACGGGAGAUUAAACUAUGUUCACUGGCUGUUCCCUUUAAAAAUAAGAAGCAAUGGAACCUGUGUUGCUAUUUUUAAAUAGACCAGAGAGUGCUCUGGAGAAGCCACUGAGUGGUUUUAUUUUAAGUGAUGGAAAAAAUGGCGAGAAUAUCCUCCAGAUGACAGCUCUGGAAGCGUCACGCCUGAACCCCUCUCGCCGUCUGGCGGGCACAGAGUCUGUGAGCAGCCAGGAGGCCACCUGCUCGGCUGGCCCGUCCUCUCUGUGUGUCAAAUGCAGCCCAGCGUGACGCUGCCCUCAGCUCAAAACACCAGAGCUGGUCUGUAUGCAGGAAAAAACCGCAAGUGACUUCAUGGGAUUUGGAGCGGUCCGUACGUUCACGCGAAACUGAGACAGUGACAUCCGAAGGUGGCUCGCUGAAGUGUUCGCACUGCAGACGCGACCGCCAUUCCUCGAAGGCCCACCCCUCCCGGGCUGAAAUACUGUAUCAGAAGAGCCGUGCCCUAACCACCCCCACGGGCAUGUCCUCGAAGGCCCACCCCUCCCGGGCUGAAAUACUGUAUCAGAAGAGCCUAACCACCCCCACGGGCAUGUUACAGAAAACCUGGAGGUGUUUUUUAAAAAAGGAAAGAAAACAGGAUAUUUAUUUUAGCUUCUUAGCGUCACUAGUUCUGUGUAUUUGAGCAGCUUGUCUGCUGCCUCCCCCAGCAGUUUUUGACGGUUUCUGGGUGCUGACAGGCCCGCUGUGAGCCGCACAUCUGUGGGUGCAGGUGACAGCAGCCAGGCGGUGGCGCACCCUCCGGCCGAGUGAAGGUCCCCAGACAGCUGUGAGAGUGUGGCCAUGUUCGGGAGGCUCAGUCGGGGAGGGUCACUGUCGAGGACUUUACAGGCUCAGUGUCACUUACUUAUUUCAUUGUUAGGGCACCUCUGCUGCCUGAGUCACGACCUCUCAGUUAUGUGUUAAGCUACAGCUACUUGUAGCUGUAUUUUCCUUGUCAUAUUCUUUGUAUAUAAACAACUCUAAAAUGGGUUAGUCAGAAAAAAAUCACUAAAUGUCAUUUGUUGUAUUCUCUGUAUUUUUACUAACAUUUUACUGGAAAUAAUUUCAAAAAAAGGAAAUAAAAUACCUUUCCCAUUACAAA